AUGACCCGCAAGAAUGACGGGCGCGCAGAUGUGAGGGCGCACACCGGCGCGCGGGCCAAGGUCGUGUUCGCCAGUGAGGAGGGCUCGCCCUGGACGCGUAUGCCCAGGGGUCGCGUGCUCCACACCGGCGCAUUUUUAAGGCGCGCCUCGGCAGACAAGGGUGGGUGGCUGUUAGGACGGAGGUCGACAGAGGAGGCCGCGGAGAAGGCGGGGGUGAGGGGGCGAGGGGGUGAGGGCGAAGGCGAAGGCGAAGGCGAAGGCGAAGGCGAAGGCGAAGGCGAGAGCGAAGUCAAGGAAACUUGA